AUGAUUAAUGCAGUACUCGUCUUCAACAACAAUGGCCAGCCACGCCUGACCAAGUUCUACACUCAGUUGGACACACAAACCCAGCAAUCACUAAUCGCCCAAAUAUACCACCUCGUCGCGCAAAGACCCGCAAGCGCCUGCAACUUCCUCCCCCUCCCCCCGCUCCUCUCCCGACAAGGCUCAUCCAACUCCUCCUCGGCCGGGCCCUCCGAUGCCCCCACCCAAAUCACCUACCGCACCUAUGCCACGCUCUCAUUCAUCAUGAUCUCCACCUCAACAGAGUCCCCGCUCGCCCUAAUCGAUCUAAUCCAAGUCUUCGUCGAAUCACUGGACCGCAUGUUCGAGAAUGUCUGCGAGUUAGACCUGAUCUUCGGCUAUGAGACCAUGCACGCGGUGUUGAGCGAGAUGAUUGUCGGCGGCGUCGUUGUCGAGACUAAUACCGAGAAGAUCAUUGCUGGUGUACGUAGUCAAGAGGGUACUACGGGCAAGAGGAGGGCUGUUCAGGCGGCGAGUACGAGUCUUGGGCGUGGAGCGCUGCCGGGACUGGGUGCUUGGCGAUGA